AUGCGAAGGUUGGAUAAGAUCAGGGAUUCGAAUAGACAAAGCAAGCAACUAGAUGAACUUACAGAGAAGAUGAGAGAGUGUAAACGCCGAAGCACAUCGGCCAUGAUGAAUGGGAUGUUGCUAUGGAAAGACGCGACAAGAAAGUCGUCGCAGCUCUUUCCUCAUGAUCCGUUUUCUUUUCUUUUGUCCCUCAGGCUGACAUCGCUAGGAGUCUACAAAGCAGACUUGACAUUAUCUGUGAGGAGGCUGAGCAGGAUCUCAAUCCAACUGAUGAUGGAGACAUUGAAGAAGAAGCUGAGAUGUUGGAAACUCCCAUUUCCAAAGUCAAAUUUAACUCAUCUACAACUCCAUAAGAUUUCUCCAUUGUAG